UGUGCGCGGCUGCUCUCCGCCUCCCGGUCCAGCAGAGAGAGUCCUGGCGGCGCACAGAGCGGAGCAGCAGACAGAAGUGAAUGUGAAUAGGUCCGUGUCUCUCUCAUGGACUGAAAUGCGCGCAGGGCUGAAGAAAGAGUCGCAUCGCUCCGCGUUACAUCUUUAAUCUAGAAGAAAAAGGAGAAGAAGAAGAAGAAAAAGAAGAAGAAGAAGAAGAAGAAGAAGAAACCCAACCACUCUCAAUGCAGCCAGCCGCUGAAUGCUGAAUUCUGGACAGACCUCUCUUUCUCCGGCGAGACUCCGACCUGACUAAUCAUCCUAGGUGUCCAAGCUGGUACCUGUCCGAUGUCCUCUCCUCCCACAGUGUGAUGUGCCAUGGCUCCAGUCCUGAGUGGAGUGUGGUGGGGCCCGGAGGCGGGCGUUGUCAAGUCGGGGACGGCGGCCUCUUCCGGCAUGGCGUCGUGGCUGGGGAGCGGGCAGCUGGCCCUGGUGGUCACCAUCAGCGUCCUCAGCGCCCUGCUGCUGGUCUCCGUGCUGCUGCUGCUGUGCGCUAGCUGCCAGGGGCAGAAGAAAACAUCAGACGGACAUCCAGCAGGAGAUCACGAUCACCUCAUGAACGGAGUGUCAGAGAGGGAGACGAUCAGCCAUUCAGCUGACAGCCCGGCGACGGACGUGGCAGUCAGCAGCUCUCACAACGGUCCUCUAACCAGCGGUACAAUCCUCACAGACACGCAGGACACCAGUCCCCAGUUGUCGGAGGAGAUGCUCUCCAGCCAAUCGGAGCUCAGGUCCUCCAAGUAUCACCAGGACCGAGAGCUGCCCAGCAUCCCCCCCAACAACGCCCUCGUCGGGGACGGACCCCCUCCCUCGGGGGACAGCACCUAUGAGGUGGUGAAGGAGAUAGCGGUGGCGUCACGAGACGUCAGCGCCGAAGACUCUCUGUACGAGACGGUCAAGGAGCUCAAAGAGCCCCCCGCGCACCUUGGCCUCCCCAACGGUACCGUCGAACCGAGGCCGGACGAGCCCCCGCCUCACCCUCCCGCCCUCCUCAACGGCCACCUCAGCCCCUCCACACCGGAGCGGGGGCCCCUGUGCGACGGGGUCGAGUACGCCUCGGUCGACCUGAACAAGAAGAGCCGCCACAGCGUCGACAUGGAGGCCAAGAGGCGCUCCGACAACGCCGCCGCUCCCCCGCACCGGCCCCCGGAGGAACCGGAGGAGGAUCUGCCCCCGCCCGUGCCAGAUAAGGUCCUGGACGAAAAUGACAACCAGCCAGCGGUGGCGAACGGCCAAAUGGGGGCCGGGCUGCACAAUGGAGAGUUACACUCCCCUCUGUCUUCUGCGCCGCGGCUCGACAACCACGUUCCGUCAGACAAUGAGCCUCCUCUGUACUCCACAGUUAACAAAACAAACUGUGAUGGAGACGUCGCCGAGGAAGACAGGGAGCACGACUACAGCAGCAUCGCCGAGAUCAAGGGCCUGGUCCCGAACUCCUCCUCCAGCGACCUCUACGCCACCGUGAACGACAUCUACGCCCAGCCCCACGAGCCCAAGCCGGGAGAAGACCCCAACGUGGACAGCACGGACCCCGGCUACGAAACCAUCCGCAUCCCAAAGACUAACAGCUCAGAUGGUGACUACAGGGGCGGGCGGGGAGCCGAGGGGUCAAACAGGGCCAAGCCGGAGCCAGACUACGAGAGCGUCGGAGAGCUGGGUCUGGGCCGAGAAAUGUCCCGCCUUUGAGCCUCCCCCCUCCUCCUCCUCCUCCUCCUCCUCCUCAGAUCACCUUCAUCCGUGCCGAUUUAUUAGAACCUUCCUCUCGGAUGCAUCUUACAGACGUCACUGUAGUGCUUUAAACCCGUCAUGUGGCACGCGUUCGGUGCAUGACUCUCGGGGGGGAAAACAGAAAAACGGCUCACCGCGGCAUCCGUCAUUAACGCAUGACUGUCCUCUUUACAGGUCGGGUACGGUUUAUCAUGCACCUUUAAAUUGAUCAACCAGGGUGAAUGUCAUCGGUACUGAUAAGCCUUAACAACAACACUUGAUUGUGAAACAAAUGUCGAAUAAAUCACAACACGCGCGCGCAGCAUUUGAAGCGGUAGCUGACUAUCGACAUCAAGAAUCCAGUGCCAUAUAUUCAUGAACUUCAUGCACUUACUUAUGUGAAGGUAACAUUAUUUAUAUGCCCCCUCUGCAGCUUCUAGCCGUCCUCCCAGGUGACUCGGUGUCAUGUUUUAUUGAGGCGUCACUUGGUGCAUUUCUAGGGUCUCGUCAAGCUGGCAGCACCUCCGCUGCUCAUUCUCCGCUGCAAGUUCCUGCUAAUGGGUUCUUGGCAUGAAAACAAGAAUGCCAAUCUGAUCCGUGGCCAAUUAUGUAAAAAGAAAAAAAAAAGUGUAGUGUUUGAUAGAUUACACCAUGACACAGCUGCAAACAUGUAGGCUUAAUAUGUUAUAGGAUGAUACUGGUCAUCCGCAGAACCAAAAAUGGAAAACAAGGGGCGACGGGACACACAACCCCUGCGGAUUCAUACAAGCAUUUCCAGUCCACGUCCAUGAUUUUUUUUUUUUUUUUUUUUUUUUUUUUGUGAAAUCAUAUUUAUUUGAAGGUGUUGUGUAAUUGUGAAAUUUUAACGAGUACGUCUGUCAGAGAAAAAGUAAAUAGGAUUUUAUAGACGUUUGUAGCAUUUUUACAGAGAACGGUGAAUGAAAAGUGAGUCGCCAGAAUUACAGCGAGAGCUAGGUACGCUUUGCCCCAACUAUUUAAAGAGUUUGUUGUUUAAAAAAAAAAAAAAGAAAAAACUUGUUCAGAGUCGUUUUGCACACAGGUCGAAAUCAGUUCAAAAUGUGAUGAAAUGACGCAACAGCGAACUCGUUGUAUUUUCUUUGGUUUUUGUCUCUUUGGUACAAGAUACAGUCUUCAGUUGGCAUUAAAGCACAAGGUUACGGUACUGCGUUUAUUAUCUGAAGUCUCGUCCCAAUACAGUUACACUUAUGCACAAUUUGAACACGUAAUGCUUUUUAGAGGAGAAGAACAUAUCUGUCUGUUUGUAGCUUGUACUGACGACAUGCCAACCGAGGCUUGUAUAUAGUUAGAGCACUAUUUUAACCAACGUGCUGGAAAUUUUAUGUACGCUUUUACUAUACAAUGUACAAUGUCCAGAGUGGUAUAAUUUUAAAAAUAAGUUUGUUACAUAAGAGCACUGAUGUAUGUCUAUGACUUGUUUUGAGGAAACCAGAAUCCCUGUUGUCCAAUGUUUUUUUGUUUUUUUUUAAUUAUUAUUUUUUUAUUAUUGGUUUAUCUCAAGAGUUUCAGUUCUGACAAGUAGUAACCAGGUGUCAGACAUAUGGUACAGUUUAUUUGGUACAUGCAAAGUGUGGCACUUUAAUUUUAAAAAGAAAAGAAAAAAAGGAAUAAUGUCUCCAUGCUGUUAUUUUCAAAUGAACGGGGCCUGUGUUUCUUUUGCUGUAAAUAUCUUUCUAAUUGCUACGGUAUCUACCACCUUUGCAGAAAAACAAGAUGAGUGUCAUCUGUUUCCACCCACAUCAAAAUAUUAGUUUCUCCAAUAUGACUUUGUGUUUGGUUAGACGUGCCGGAGCUCGUUUCAGAACGGCGAACGAGGCGAUAUUUAAAUGAAAGAGUAUUUUAAAUGCAACCCACUCUUAGUAUUUGAUGAACGCCCUCCAAAAAAUUCUGCUCAUUUCGACAGAGAGGUAAUUAUCAGUGUUAUUUACAAUCCCCCCCUUGCAAACAAACACCGUUCGAGCACGUUGUCCCCACAUUGGCUGCAUAUCAGAUGGAUAUAAUGGCAUUCACAGAACGCUAUAAAUGACCUCUAAGGAAAUGAUCUGCCAAAGGGGGAUGUUUUAGUGCCAAAUCUAAUCAGGACAACACACACACGCGCAGACUCAGUUAAUAGAUACUUACCAAAAAUCACUUAUUCCCUCUAUCUGUCUGUGUCGGUCAUAUAAACACACAUAUUCCCCUUCAGGGAAAUGGGGGGUGCGUGGUGGAGCUGCCUCUGUCCCCCGAGCUCCACUCCUCCCUUAAUGAGACCAUUUGCCCCCCCACCCCCCCUUACAACCAGCAGACUACUCUAUGGUGACACCCGCGUUUGAUCAAAGGGCAAAGCCUGUUUUGGCAGUUAUGGCCACAUCUGUCACUCCACUCUGUCGGGUUUCCAUUCUCUGCAUGUAAAUAUUUUAUGACAUGAAUUGUUCUAUUAAAAAAAAAUAUAUAUAUAUCUAUAUAUAUAUAAUAAAUUGUGUGUCUUUU